UGUACGACAGUGGCUGGCUCUGCUGGGUUGCCGGCGGUAGGCGGGGCAACCCUGGCGGCGGCUGAGCUGCCGCCGCCGUCUCCGCUCGAAUCGAUCCCGGGCUCUCAAGCCCUGCUGGGAUGUGUGCCUGCCGCGGAGCCCUUUGAGCGGUCUCCGGCGGCCGGUGCCGCGGCACUGCUGGUGGGCUCCAGCCACACCGGGGCUGGGGCGGCCCCGGCGUCAGUGGCUGGCCCGGCUCCGCCUUAGCUUCCCGCUGCGAGCGCCGCGGCGGCUGCAGACGCCGGGGUGUUUACCUUCAGCGCGAGUGAGGAAACGGCCGGGAUGCGGCCGGUCUUUGAUAGGAGUAAAGGGCCCCGCGGUGUUGGUUCUUCCUCCACCGCCUGGUGGACUCUCCCCCCGUGUCAGGUGACCGUACGCCCGAGAGAUCGUGAGCGAUUUUGGCGGAGGAAGUAUGGUCUGGGGUCGGCCGAGGUGAUGCAGAUCCUCGUUUUUUUUAAUGCGAACCUUUUGACACCGUUUGACAUUAGAAGCUUGGCUUGGACCCUUUUUCCACCAGUUGAAUAUGACUUUUUUGAGUACAAGUGGACUCAGCUGGCAGUCAGAGCGGUGGAACAGAAUACGACACUGGAUCCGGGCGAUCCUAGGCGUACAGUUAAUACUGAUAUGCUAUUGGGAACAGGCAAUUAUGCCAGGGCCGAUGGGCAGGUUGGUUUUCAGCCCUUGGUCCAGGAGCAGUGCCAGCAGAUAGGCAUGGCAGCCCUGGUCCAGACCAUACAGCUGGCUACUCCACAGGAAUCUUGUGUAACGAUUGUCCAGGGAGUUGAUGAGCCCUUUCUGCGCUUUGUGGGAAGGUUGACUGCUGCUGUUGAAAAGCAGGUGAGUGAUCCUGCGGCUAGGAAGCUCAUGCUUCAGUUGCUUGCUCGAAGCAACUGCAAUGCUGUUUGCAGGGGGAUCAUUGAGGCGCUUCCUGGGGAUCCACCAAUGUCACAGAUGGUUGAGGCCUGUGCGAGGAUAACCCCUUUCAACCACAAGAUGGCUGCCAUGGCUACAGCUGUACAGCCAGCUGUGACUACGGUCGUCCAACCGACGGUGGCUACAGCGGUCCAACCAGCCAUAACCACAGCCAUGCAGCCAGCUGCGGCUGCUGCUGUACAGCCCACCUGGAUCGUUCCCCAGGGCGUGCAGCGGCAGCAAGGGGGUGCUCGGGCCAGGAGGAAACAGGGCAGAAAGGCACAGAAGCCUACAGCUGUCUUGGUUUUUUGUGCAGGAUGUGGAAGGCCAAAUCACGCUGUGGACGUAUGUAAGGAAACAGUGCACGUGAAUGGCCAUUCGUUGAUCGGUUCGGGAAACGUGACAUGGAGCGCGAAGGCGAGGCACGUGCCGACACAAAUGCCUCAGCCUCAGCCUGAACUGAUGGAGAUCUGCUCAGCAGGCUUGCAGCCAGCAUCUGCGGUUCAGCGGGUCUUGACAUCUGCACAGCCAAAUCUGUCGUGA